GCCACCUGUCAGUGCUCAUCAGUGCCACGUGCCAGUGCCCAUCAGUGCCACGUGCCAGUGACCAUCAGUGCCACAUCAAUGCCACAUAUCAGUGCCUACCAGUGCACAUCAAUGCCACAUAUCAGUGCCCAUCUGAGCUGCCUUUCAAUGUCACCCAUCAGUGCCAGUCAGUGCCAUCUAUCAAUUCCAAUCAGUGCCACCUAUCAGUGCUGCCAAUCAGUGCCGCCUAUCAGUGCCAUCAGUGCCGCCUAUCAGUGCCAGUCAGUGCCGCCUAUCAGUGCCAGUCAGUGCCGCCUAAAGGAAGUAGCUAUUGAGAGAAAU